UAAGCCAUAACUCUCCCAAUUUGUUCUAAAUUUUCCUCUUUCCACAAACUUCAUCUAACAAAAGAAGAACACUUUAACAAAAGGGAAGAAAGAAAACAUAGAAAAAGCUGUUUCAUAGCUCUUCUUUUGAUACAUUCUCAAGAAAACCAGAAGUACUUACCACCAUAAACAUUCCUUCAAAACCAUUUUUCAGAUGGAUUUCUUCUUCUUCUUCUUCUUCUUCCCUUUCAUUCUCACCGUUUCUUCAUCGUCCUCAUCAAUGGCGUUGGUUUCUCACAAACUCCAAUCGCCGCAUCUCCUUGAUCUUUACAUAAGAGAUUACACAUUGAAAUCCCUUGACAACACAAUCAAAACAGGGACACUUCACAGCGUCCCAUUACCGGAAAAUUUCUCCGGCAUCGAUGUCGACACGGCGAGGUUCCGAUGCGGUAGUUUACGGCGGUACGGUGCAUCGGUGAAAGAAUUCCAUCUGGGUGUUGGCGUUUCUCUGAAUCCAUGUGCAGAGAGAAUCGUAAUCAUCCGGCAAAAUUUGGGCUCAAAUUGGUCUUCGAUUUACUUCAAAAACUAUCGGUUAACUGGGUAUCAAUUAGUUUCUUCAAUCUUGGGAAUUUUGGCUUACAACUCUGGAAAUUACAGUAAUAGUUCAAGUUCAUCCCCUGUUCCAUUUGAAGUCGGAAUUUCCGCCGGAGAAAAACCCAUCACUAUAGAUUUCAGAAACUCGACGAGAAUGGGAAAUGUUUCGGGAAUGAGGCCGAUUUGUGCGAGUUUCGAGAGGGAUGGGAGAGUUACAUUAGCAAAGGAAAUUUCGCCGUUGAUUUGCUCUGUUUUGAGACAGGGGCAUUUUGGGUUAGUGGUGGAAGAGCCAGAGCCGGUUGAGUUGAGGAAGAAGGAACGGCCGUGGAAGGUGGCGGUCGGGAGCUCGAUUGGGGCGGCAAUCGGAGCGUUUCUUUUGGGGUUGCUAUUGGUGGCGAUGUUUGUAAGAGUGAAGAAGAGGACGAGAAUGGAUGAGCUGGAAAUUAGGGCUUAUGAAGAGGAAGCUCUGCAAGUUUCCAUGGUCGGACAUGUGAGAGCUCCGACGGCUGCGGGGACUCGGACUACGCCGUCGAUUGAACAUGAGUAUUUGCCGCCGUCUCGCCGGCGGUGAGAUUUGAGAAUGUAAUGUUUGUUCAGAUUUAGAGCUAUAAUUCUAUUCUUUUUUUUUUUUUUUUUUUUUUUUUUUUUUGUAAGAUUAG